AUGAGUCAUAAGAGAAGAGGCCUGGUUAUAUACCAGGAUCAGAAACAACAGCAGCGGCCCUCGGGACAGUCUAUAAGCUCUAUAUCCUGGUCUCCAAAACAGCGACCCCAUCACCCUUUGAAACAGCAAAGUACUAACAAUUUCACAGCAAUAUUAUCGAAAUCAACUGUGCAGCAGGAUGUUCAACAAGACAGAAGUCAUUUGCCAAUCUCAUCACUAGUUCUGAAACAAGAACAGCAUCAACAGAAUGAAGAGCAGCGGCGCAGGAACAUGCAACAACAAAACUCUGGACCUCCUCUGCGAAAGUUAGUGCAAGAGUCGCAGUGGACAAGCUCCACAAGUCAUUGCCACUCAAGGAAACAGGAAAAGAUACCGCAGGGAUUCUACAGUAGUGACUCUAAGCUGGUUUCGCAGCUGCACAGCUCUGUAAAGGAUCUGGACGCCAUUAUCCAGACACAUAAACCAAAAUUCGACACAAUCAUUCAUGAUCUAUCUCGUACUACCAUAUUAUCUUCAAAUGAGCUGCUCAUCAAGCUCCCGAUGGAAGAAACAAUAAUAUUGCACAGCAGAACGCCUACAAUCAAUGAAGAAUGGCUACAUAAUAAAGUCAGCAACCCUGGCGCUUCACUAGUGAUUGAUUCAAGGUCUUUUUUAAUUCUGUGUAACAAUAUAAAAUGGUACUUGCAUUGGAAAUUUAUAUGA